AUGGCCAACUCAACCUUUGCCGAGUGUUCCCUUACCGCCGACGAUGCCUUCGGGCCAAUUGUUCAGCAUUGUCGUGACGGUUUCGAUUUCACUCUUACGUUUGAACAAUGCCUUUUUACCAUCCUUCCCGCCUCGUUCCUCAUUCUCAUCGCGCCCCUACGCCUCUACCACCUCGGCAAACUUCCGUAUGCCGUCAACGGCACCCCGCUGCGUCUAACAAAACAGGCCGUCGUCGCCCUCCUCGCCGUGUUGCAAUUGGUUAUUAUCGGUCUAUGGGUAACGCACCACGACGCGGGCCGCCUGCGAACCGUCUCCAUCGCCGCUUCCUGUGCGUCAUUUGCAGCCAGCAUCAUGUUUGCCGGACUUUCGUACAUAGAACACUCGAAGAGCCUUAAGCCUUCAUCCCUCUUGAAUACACAUAUCCUCGUGUCCCUGGUGCUGGACGGAGCCAUCCUCCGCACCAUGUGGCUGUCGCACUUAAGCGUCGCCAUCAGUGCCGUCUUCGCCGCGUCCUUUGCGUGCAAGACGGCCAUCGUGAUCCUCGAAGCCCAGGAGAAGACGCGCUAUGUCGUGUCGUCGGCUGGCGGUCGGUCGUACAGCCCUGAGGAGACCAGCGGUAUCUACAGCCGCGGUCUGUUUUGGUGGCUUACACCACUGCUGCUGACGGGAUUCCGUCGUCUCCUGAAGCCUCUGGAUCUGUUCGUUCUGGACAGGUCCAUGUCGGCUGCUGCGCUAAACGAGAGGUUCUGGCUUCAUUGGAAGGCGUCCCCGUCCUCCACGGGCGACCGGUCCGGUGGAGCAUCGCGACCGCCAAAGUAUCGUCUCAUCAGGACGUGUAUCGUCACGCUGAAAUGGCAGUUGUUGGCAGUUGUCCUUCCAAGGCUCUUCCUGCUCGGCUUCACCAUUUGCCAGCCCCUGGUCUUGAACCGCUUCCUCGACUUUCUGCAGAACCCUUCCGAGACCGCCGACUAUGGUUACGGCCUCAUCGGUGCUUAUGGGCUCAUCUACCUCGGCAUUUCCAUCUCGUCCAGCUUCUACUGGCACGCCGCUUUCCGAUCCCUGACUAUGCUCCGAGGAGUCUUGGUCGCUGCAAUUUACACAAAGACGACAGAGCUGCGUGUCGCUCCAGGAGACGACUCUGCGGCUGUGACUCUGAUGUCGACUGAUGUUGAAGCCAUUAUUCGUGCUUGGCGCGAAGUCCACGAAUUCUGGGCCAACACCAUCCAAAUCGCCCUCGCCACAUGGAUUCUCAGCACUCAUCUCGGCUACGCAGCGUCUGGUCCGAUCAUUGUGUCUGCUUUUGCGCUGGGCGCCACCGUCCUUCUUGCUCCCGCUGCUCAGAAGUACCAGGUGAUCUGGGUUGGGAAGGUCCAGAAGCGUAUUGGCAUCACCUCGGCCAUGAUAGGCCACAUCAAGAGCAUCAAAAUGUCUGGCCUGACCCAGAAACUCUCUCAGACUCUGGCUGACCUUCGGUUCGCCGAGAUGAGGGCGGCGACACCCUUUCGCGUGAUCGGCGCCGUUACAUCCGCUGUUGCCCAGAUACCCCUGAUGAUUGCCCCCGUCGUCGCCUUCGCCAUGUACACGACAAUAGCGUCAAAGAAUGAGGAAGUCCUUGAUGCCACAGCGCUCUUCUCCGCCUUGUCAUUGAUCAUUCUGUUAGCCCAGCCGCUCUUUUGGAUGUUUGAGGUCGUUCUCGACAUGAGCGCGGCUCUAGGAUGCUUCCAUCGUAUAGAAAAGUACUUGUCAAAACCGCCGCGAGCAGAGUAUCGAGAUCUUCCGUCGAUCUCAACAUCCAGCUCGUCAAACGGGGCCGGUUCCUGCUCUCAAGAUGUGCAACUCCAGAAUCUGGAGAGCGACAAAGGACUCGUUUCAACAGACACAAAGUCAGGGGGCUCCUGCGCUGUUCGCGUGCACGAAGCGACAUUGGCGUGGAAGCUCGAAACGGCUCCCACCAUUGAUUCCGUGGACUUUAGCAUAUCGAAAGGCCAACUCGUAAUGCUCGUGGGACCGGUUGCAUCCGGGAAGAGUACACUUCUGAAAGGUCUACUUGGCGAGCUGCCACAUGUCACCGGGACGGUUGCCUUGUCCAGUGAUCACAUUUCUUGGUGUGAGCAGAGCCCAUGGCUUAUUAAUGAGACCAUUCGAAAGAACAUCAUCUGUUUCUCCGAGUUUAACGCGCACCUCUACCAACAGAUUUUGAAGGCCUGUGACCUUGAAAAGGACCUCGCUCAGUUACCAGAUGGAGACCAAACGUUUAUUGGAAGCAAGGGAAUUGCUUUGAGUGGAGGUCAAAAGCAGCGUGUCGCACUUGCCAGGGCUAUCUAUUCACGCCCUCGAAUUGCUCUGUUUGACGAUAUCUUCAGCGGAUUGGACAAUCACACAGCCAAUACGGUCUUCCAGCGCGUCUUUGGUGCCAAGCAUGGAAUUCUCCGAACUUGGGCGACUACAAUUGUUCUCGCGACUCAGUCAGUGAGCUUUCUAUCCCAGUCAGACAUGGUCAUCGCCCUUGAGAGCGGUAAAGUAUCAGAGUUAGGAAGCUUCGAGGAGUGUCGACAGGCUAAGGGUUAUGUUUCAAAUCUCAUCCUGAACAGUACCGAGGACCAGGAUGAAAGUACUCCCAAGCCAGAAGAGCUCGCAGACAACAUUGCGAGCGACGCCCCGAUAGAGAAAAGUGCAAGGGUGGUGAAAGAGCAGAACGACAAGAGACGACAGCUGGGCGACUGGAGCAUCUAUGGGUACUACUUUGGCAGCGUUGGCGCCUCCUUCGUGGCCAUAUUAAUGGCCUUGGAGGUGACCUGGGCGUUCUUUUCUACUUUCCCAACCGUGUGGUUGAAGUUCUGGACGGACUCUCAGGCGGAAACUCCCGCAAGAUAUGAUGCCUACUAUCUCGGAGUAUACGCUGCUUUCCAAGUCAGUGGCGUCUUGUGCUUUGCCGUCCUCAUCUGGUUCGUGCUCGUUCCCGUAACUUCAAAGUCCGGUAUCAGUCUACACCAGCGGCUCCUCAAGGCCGUCAUGCACGCUCCCCUAUCUCUGUUCACCAAAACAGACACCGGAUCCAUCACCACCCGAUUUUCACAAGACGUAGGACUGAUUGACAGAAGCCUUCCUCUGGCCCUGGUCAUUUCUCUCGCAAGCUUCUUCACCUGCAUCGGCAAAGCCUUCCUCGUAGCCUCUGCCUCCUGGUACAUCGCCAUCAGCUUUCCUGUCCUGGUCCUUGUCUUCUACUACAUCCAACGAGCCUACCUCCGCACAUCCCGCCAGCUCCGCCUCCUAGAUCUCGAAGAAAAAGCUCCCGUCUACACCCACUUCCUCGAAACCCUCUCAGGCCUAGUAACCCUCCGCGCCCACGCCCUGACAACCCCAUCAAUCUCCCACUCCCACACCCUAAUCGACCGCUCCCAGCGUCCUUUCUACAUCCUCCUCCUCACCCAGCAAUGGCUGACCCUCGUCCUGGACCUCACGACCACGGCGCUCGCACUCCUCGUCGUCGGCCUCGCCGUCCGCCUCCGCGCCUCCGUAUCCGUCGGCCUCACGGGCGUCUCCCUCGUCCAGCUCAUCUCCUUCACCGAGACGCUCAAGAUGCUGAUCCAGUUCUGGACCUCGCUCGAGACCUCCAUCGGCGCGGUCGCACGGAUCAAGAAAUUUGCCGAGGAGACGCCCGACGAGGUCGGGAACGACGCUCUGAAGAGGAAGCUGACGAUUCAGUCUGUCGGGGGACAGGAGCAGCCAAUGCCAGAGACCACGAUGAUUCAGGGAUGGCCUUCCCAUGGGGCCAUCGAGCUGCACAAAGUCGUCGCUUAUUACGACCAGACUAAACCAGAUACCAACAGCCAGGCCGCUACAACGAAAGCCCUAGACGGUAUCACCCUCUCCAUCCGUCCCGGCGAGAAAAUCGGCAUCGUAGGCCGCACAGGAAGCGGCAAGUCCUCUCUCCUCCUCGCCCUCCUGCGCCUCUUACCCCUGACCUCGGGCACAAUCUCCAUCGAUGGUACACCGAUCGACGCCCUCCCGCUCCUGCCUCUGAGAUCAUCCCUCAUUGCGAUUACCCAGGACCAGUUCGUGCUCCCGGGGACGGUCAGCCAGAAUAUCGACCCGCUAGGCGUGGCGCCCGAUGACGCGAUUCUCAUAUCAGUCUUGACCCGUGUCGGUCUCUGGGAUACCAUCCGCGAGAACGGCGGGUUGGAGGCCGAAUUCGUAGAGGAGGCGUUGAGUCACGGGCAGAGGCAGCUCUUUUUCCUCGCGAGAGCGAUUCUGAGGAAAGAUGUCGGACGGGUUUUCCUCCUGGAUGAGGCGACGAGCAGUGUCGACGCUCGCACGGAGCAGAUGGUCAAGGAUCUCAUCCGUGAUGAAUUCAAGCACCACACGAUCAUCGCCAUUGCUCAUCGAUUGGACACGGUCAUCGACUUUGAUCGCGUCGUGGUCCUUGAUAAGGGCCGCGUUGUCGAAGUCGGGAACCCCCAGCACCUCUUAAACCGGAGACAGGGGAAGUUCAGAGAACUGUGGGAUGCGAGCCGGCAAGCUCGCGGACGAGAUGAUUAG